AUGUCCAAGAAAUGGAGGAGGUGAUUAAGACCUGCCAGGAAGGUCCAGAUGAAUGUCUGUGUGAAGUAGCAGUCACAAUUAGUAACCCAGUGGAAGAAAGAGUGAGAUUGAUAACAACUUUUAACUUGGGCUCAAUUCAUAAGCUUGAGCUGAUGAGGAAUAAUGGGAACUCUUUAGGGAUGAGCACUGAGUGUCAGGACAUACUUCUCUAUAGUGAGCCUGAUGAGAUGCAUGCUGCAUAUACACCUGGUGUGUCUCCUGUAGUUGAACAAUCCUUCAGAUAUUCUGAGUAUUUUAGUCAAAAUUAUGCGAGUCCAAAUGAGCUGCAGUAUUUUGAAUUUGGUGGAGAAGGGAAGGUAUUAAACUCAGAGACUAUAUUCUUUAGACAUAAUUGGGUCUGUAUGGGAGAGACCUCCUAUAACCAUAGUGAAUAUAGAGAAGACUAUGAUAAGUCUGCUCUCCUUGCCGAAGAGAUACUUCAAGGAGGGAGGAAAACACCUGAAUGUACUUUAUGUGGAAAAACAUUCUACGUAAGACCUGUAGUCACUACACAUGAGAAAAUGUACAAAGGAGAGAAUCCUUGUACAUGUAAUGAAUGUGAGAACUCUUUCAAUAAGGAAAUGCACAUUAGAAAACCUGAGAGCAAAUAUCCACAGAAGUCCGAUGAGUAUAAGCAGUGUACAAAAUCUCUCUCUCAGAAGUCAGACUUGACUUUCCAACCUCAAUCACCUAUAGAUGAGAAACCCUUUGAAUAUGAGGGAUGCAGGAAAUUUUCCACCCAGAAGUCAGGUCUCAGCAGGCAUCAGAGAACUCCCAAAGAUGAGAAACGUCAUGAAUGCAACAAAUGUGGAAAGUCUUUCAUACAGAAGUCAUACCUCACUUUGCUUCAGAGAACACACACAGGAGGGAAACCUUAUGAAUGUAACACAUGUGGAAAAUCUUUUGCCCGGAAGACACAUCUUACUAGACACACGAGAAUUCACACAGGUGAGAAACCUUUUGAAUGUAACAAAUUUGGAAAGACUUUCAGACAGAAGUCAGACCUCACUUUGCAUGAGAGAAAUCACACUGGAGAGAAACCUUAUGAAUGCAACAAAUGUGGUAAGGCUUUCAGAGGGAAGUCAUACCUCACUUUGCACCAAAGAACACAUACAGGAGAGAAACCUUAUGAAUGCAACAAAUGUGGAAAGACCUUCAAGUGGAGUUCACACCUUGGCAUGCAUAACAGAAUUCACACUGGUGAGAAACCUUAUGAAUGUAACAAAUGUGGAAAAACCUUUGCCCAGAGUUCACACCUCAGCAAGCAUAAGAUAAUUCACACAGGUGAGGAACCUUAUGAAUGUAACAAAUAUAGAUCUUUCAGACAGAAGUCUUCUUUCACUUUGCAUCAGAGAACACACACAGGAGAGAAACUUUAUGAAUGUAACAAAUGUGGAAAGUCUUUCAGGCACAAAUCAACCCUCACUUCACAUCAGAGAACACACACAGGAGAGAAACCUUAUGAAUGCAACAAAUGUGGAAAGACUUUCAAGUGGAGUUCACACCUCAAUAGGCAUAAGAAAAUUCACACAGGUGAGAAACCUUAUGAAUGUAACAAAUGUGGAAAGUCUUUCAUCCAGAGUUCACAUCUCAACAAGCAUAAGAGAAUUCACACUCGUGAAAAAUUUUAUGAAUAAAAUAAAUGG